AUGCGUACGUUUUUGAGAAAGGCAGAGUCUGUCAACCAAGUAAUAGAGAAACUACGUCAAAAUUUUGGUCGAAUGGAAACAUUCCAUGCGGUAAUACAUCGAUUGACGGGAAUGAUUCAAGAAAAUAAUGAAAGUGUAACAAAAUUUGGUGCGCGUCUGGAGGGUAUAAAAGCGGAAGCGGAGAAUAAAAUAAACAGGAGUGGAUUAACAGCAGAACAAAAAGAUUAUCGAACAAAGGAUUUGGAGGCGACAGUGCUGGAAACCUUUAUUAAUGGACUCUACGAAAAAUUAUCGUUCGCAGUCUCAAAUAAAGAACCCAGAACUUUAGCAGACGCAAUAAAGAUCGCAAUGGAGGCGGAGAUACAAUACGAGAGGACGAAAGCAGCGGAAAGAGCGAGAGAAGGAAAACUAAGGUUCAAGGAGCGGGAGCAUGCAAGGAUAAGACAGCUAACGCUUGAAGAAGAGGUGAAAGAAGAAAGUAAACAAGAAGGCACAGAAUAUGUUCAUAAACCAAAACCCAGCGCGGAAUUUACGUAUACAAUUACUAACGAGAAGAUUGCGGACAAUGGAGACAAGCGAAGCUGUUUCACAUGCGGGCAAGUUGGGCAUUUGGCACGAAAUUGUCCAGUUCCAAUACAAAGCAAACGAAAUUCUUGGGCACCAAUGAAUCAGCAGGAAUUCCGGGGAAGAGUUCCACAGCAACAGGAGCGGUACUAUGUGCAAAACGAUAGAUACAGAGGAAAUGGGAGAUAUAAUUAUGGAAGAAGCGGUAAUAAUUGGCAGAAUAAUGGUAACUAUGUAUAUGGACAGAAUGGCAACAAUUAUAAUGGGUAUCGAAAUGGAAAUAAUUAUGGAAAUCAAUGGGGAAAUUAUGGAAAUAAUGGUUACUACGGCAGAGGCAGAGGUCAAGAAUUUCAAGGCAAUCUCAACAGGCGGUACAAUAAUUAUGGUAACUCAGGUGCAAUGGUGACGAACGCGUUCGAAACGCAGCGGCUUAUGAACAGUUUGCCUGGUAAUUACGACAAUAGAUGGGACGGAUCACGUGGAGUUAAUCAGCAGAACCGGGGAAAUCAGAUGUCCAACAGGGGUCCAAACACACGGCCUUUAAACUAG